AUGCGGGCGAUUGUUCCAACAAUUUUAGUUGACAUGUACAUCAAGCUGGAAACAACACGACUUGAAUAUUUUAUACAGGAGCAAUCAAAUCUUAGAAGGGAAAUAUUGCAAGAUAUAUAUGACAACAUCCUAGCAGGAGAAAUUAGAGGAGCUAAAGUAGGUCAGAGAGUAAUACUUCCUGCAUCAUUCAUCAGAGGUCCUAGGGACAUGCGUCGUAGAUGUAUGGAUGCAAUGUCUUUGGUUCAACGUUUUGGAAAAUCAGAUCUAUUUAUCACAAUGACAUGUAAUUCUAAUUGGGUAGAGAUCAAAGAAAAUUUGUUACAAGGACAACUUUCUCAAGACAGACCUGACUUGGUGACUAGAGUCUUUAGAGCAAAGCUACAAGAUUUAAAAGAUCAGAUAUUCAAGAAAAAGGAUAUCUGGUCCUGUUGA